CUGCAAUGGGUUUUUACGUUAGAGAAUUACAGGAAGAAGAUUUUGAAAACAACUUUCCGGAAGUGCUUGCCGGAUUAACCACCCUGGGGCAGAUCGACAAGCAAGCUGCGCUAAACCUUUACAGGACACUAAAGAAGAAAGAGGACUACAGAAUAUUCGUGGUGCUGAAGAAGGAUUGCAACCGUGUGUUGGGAUGUGCCACGAUAUUUUUCGAGUACAAGUUUAUACACGGACUUUCCGUGGUCGGACAUGUCGAGGAUGUUGUGGUUGAAGAAGAGCAUCGCGGACAUGGUUUAGGCAAAAUGCUUGUGAGUAGGUUGGUGGAUGAGUCUAAGAAGAAGGGAUGUUAUAAGACCAUACUAGCAUGUGCAGAGAGAAAUGUGAACUUUUACAUGAAGAUCGGGUUUGAGGCGAAGGAAAAGGAGAUGGUGCUGUAUCAUGAAAAAGAAUAAAUUUUUUGUUGGUAUA